AUGGCAAAUGAUUAUGCUCAUGAGUCAACAGGAUUUUUAACAUGGCAUCGUCUGUAUUUGUUGUGGUUUGAAAGAGAAAUGCAAAUAUUAUUAAAUGAUCCAAGUUUUACUAUACAAUAUUGGAACUGGGCUAAUCCUAAUGAUCGGACAAGCACAAUGGGAGAUGUAGCAGCCUCACCUAAUGAUCCAGUAUUUAUCAAUCACCACACAAUGGUAGAUUAUAUCUUUGAAAAAUGGCUUCAAAAGUAUCAGCAAAAUUGGCUUCGAUUGAUAGUGUUUGGUAAAUAUGAUGGACCUAAGAAUGAUCCUAAGUUUGCUGGACAUAGUGAUAAUGACUGUAUUGUUCCCUUCAUACCAGUCUACACACACAAGGAUAUGUUUAAACAAGCUGAAAACUUUGGAUAUUCUUAUUCUGGUAAUCAUUAA